AUGCGGCCGAUCUGCGCCACGCGGCGCUUUGCCAGCCUCGGACUGGCGGCGGCUGCCACGGCGGCCGUCUCGCUGCUGCCCAGCUUUGCCACCGCCCAAGACGCGGCGGCCAACUACGGCCGCGCCGACUGCCUGAUGGAGAACUGCUCGCCCUCGCAGUCGGGCUACCUCGACGGGUACAACUUUGACCCGGCCAUCGUUGGUGGUCCUACCUGGGGCCAGCUCUGGAACACGGCGCUCGAGUCGUACGGCUUCCUCGCCCAGCCCAUCACCUACACGCCUCCCGGCCAGUCGCAGAGCGUCAUUGUUGCGUCCGAGACCAACAAGGUCUAUGUCCUCGACGCGGCCACCGGUGCGGUGCGCAAGACGCGCUCGCUGGGACCGCCGAUGGCGUCGGCCGACGUGCAGUGCAACGACCUCUCGCCGUGGAUCGGCAUCACGGGCACGCCCGUCCUCGACCCGGCCAGCAACACGCUCUUCUUCUGGUCCAAGAGCUACGCAGACGGCACCACCUCGGGACUCGACAACGGCCGUUACAGGUUCUACGGCGUUGACCCUGUAACACUCGAGAAUCGUUUCGCGCCAUUCGACCUGCAGGGCACGCCCGCCGGCAACCGGCCCGACCAGUACUUCGAGGGCGGCAAGGUGCUGCAGCGCACCGGACUGCUCCUCAACAACGGCAUCGUCUACGCCGGCUUCGGCGGCCACUGCGACAACUUCAACUACACCGGCUGGAUCGUCGGCAUGGACGCCGCCAGCGGCAAGUUCGUCACCUCGUUCAGCACCUCGUCGCCCGGAGGCACCGGAUCGGGCAUCUGGAUGUCCGGCGGCGGCCUCGCCUCGGACGGCAGCUCGCUGUGGUUCGUGACAGGCAACGGACGCUCGGGACAGGAGCUCACGACGGUGCCCCGCAUCGGACGCAACGUCCCCAAGUCCCUGCCCAUGUCCGUCGUCCGCAUGCCCCUCACCGCCAACCUCGCUGCCGCCGACUUCUUCUGCCCCAGCGAUCUGCUUGCCAUAGAUGCUGCGGAUCAAGAUUUCGGUAGCAGUGGUGUUGCUCUGCUUCCCAAAGGCUUUGCAGCCGGCGGCGUUGGACGGAUCGCGAUUGCCCAGGGCAAAAACAGCAAGGCUUAUAUCCUCAAUGCCGACAACCUGGGCGGUUUCAAGACGGGCUCGGGAGGCGGCGACGGCAACCUGCAGACGAUCCAGCUCAACGGCCAGUCGUUCUCGACUGCCGGUGGCUACCCGCUCGAGGGCGGCUACAUCUACAUUUCGUCGACGGGCGCGCCGACGCUGGCGCUCAAGUCUGGCGUUGACGGCAACGGUGCGCCCAACUUUGCCCAGGUGGGCCAGUCCGAGACGGCGGCCAGCGGCGUGCGCGGUGCGGGUCACACGACGACAUCGUCGAUGAACGGCCAGCCCGGCUCCGGUCUCCUCUGGAUCACCGACACGGGCAACGGCAACCUGCGCGUCUACAACGCCGUGCCGCCCGCCGACGGCGUCAUGAAGGCCAUCUACACGGCCUCCUUCGGCGGCGCCAAGAUGCAGCGCCCCGUCCCCGGCAGCGGACGCAUGUUUGUGGCGUCGUCGAGCGGAACUGUGGUCGCGUUUGGCGCGCCCGUCAACCAGCCCAUCAACUGCACCACGCCGCUCCAGUACGGCACCGUCGUCGUCGGGACCAGCGCCUCGAUCCAGGUCAACUGCACGGCGCUCAUCGACACGCAGAUCUCGUCGACGCGUCUGUCGGACGCCACGUCGUACACCACGACGGCCAUCCCCACGACCCCGCUCAAGGCCAACACGGCGUUCAACUUCAACGUCACCUGGACGCCCAAGAAGGCGGCGUCCGUCUCGGACACGCUCAUGAUCAGCCUCGUGGCCGACCCGACGGGCAAGUUCGUCACCUCGGUGCCGGUCGUGAUGCGCGGCGUCGCUGCCACCUCGGGCCCCACGUUCAGCGUGACGCCCAACAACGUCGCCUUCGGCGGCCUCGUGCCCGGCGCCGCCGAUUCGGUCGGAGGCGUCAACAAGAGCAUCUCGCUCCAGAACCUCGGCCUGGGCGGCAUGACGGUCCAGAGCUGGGACUUUGACGAGGUCUACGGUGCCGUCGACGACGACGACGACGAUGCGGCCCCCGCCACUCCGAGCCCUACGAGCGACGCCGACGGCGUCCUCGAGGACCGCAAGACGACGACGGGCAACUUUACCCUCUACUCGAUGCCCGACGCCAUCGCGGCCCAGUCGGCCACGGCGCUGACGCUCAACUUCAACCCCACCGUCAACGGCAUCUACAAGGCGCUGCUCAAGAUCACCACCAACGGCGGCACCGCCACGGUGCUCCUCACCGGCUCCGCCUCGAGCCCGGCCAAGCUGUCGUUCGCCACCGAACAGUUCGACGGCACCUACCUCGACAAUGUUCCCUCGAUGGACUACGGCAACGUCCCCGCCGGCAGCGUCCGCACGCUCCACCUCAACGUCACCAACAACGGCGAGGCGGCGCUCACCAUCACCAAGUCCAAGCCGCCGUCGGGCACCAACAUCUACGCCACCAACCCGACGGGCGACCUCACCGAGGGCGAGCACAUCGAGGCCGGCGAGACCGAGUCGGCGGCCGUCGAGCUGCGCGUGCCCGACGCCGUCGUCAACUCGGUCGCCUACAACGUCUCGGGAGAGUGGGUGCUCAACGGCAACGACCCCGACUUUGGCGUCCACUUUAUCGAGAUGACGGCGCGCAUCGUCAGCAGGCAGGUCGGCCCGCAGCUCGACGCCGCCGCCACCGCCGCCGCUCCGUACGACACGGCGCGCUUCAAGUACCUCGGAUGCUUCCCCGGCGGCCCCGCCCGCGCCCUUCCGACCCGCAUGAACACGGCCACACCGCUCGACAACGGCGUCUGCCAGACGCUCGGCCUGCAGAGCAACGCGGCCAACUUUGUGGGCACCGAGUACGCAGGCGAGUGCUACAGCGGCCUCACUGCGCCCGACGACAGCACCAAGGUGUCCGACGACAAGUGCGCCAUGACCUGCCAGGGCGACGCCACCCAGUACUGCGGCGGCAACGGCUACGUGAGCGUCUUCUACGAUUCGCUCGCCUACGACCCGGCCACCAAGACCUACGCGCCGGGCACGUUCCUCGGACCGCAGAACGUCGCCGACGGCGUCAACGGCUACAAGUACGUCGACUGCGUCUCCGACAACGGCGGCGCCCGAUCGCUCUCGGGCCCGACGUACACCGACGGCACCGGCAUGACGGUCGAGACGUGCGUCGCCUUCUGCUCGGCCAAGGGCAUGUCGAUCGCCGGCCUCGAGUUUGCCCAGGAGUGCUUCUGCGGCAACAGCCUCACCUCCAACGCGCUCCUCCAGCAGACGGGAUGCACCAUGGCCUGCAAGGGCAGCCGCAACGAGCUGUGCGGCGGCCCUUCGCGCCUCUCGGUCUACGCCCUCAACGGCAACCUCUCCGGCGGCGCGCCACCCGCCGCCACCACGACGACCAGCGCCGCCGGAAGCACCGCGACCGCCUCGCCGCCUGGCGGCACCGCCCUCACGCCCGCCGAGACAGCCGCCUACCAGGGCUGCUGGAGCGACGCCGUCGCCAGCCGCGUCAUGCCCAGCCAGCAAAUCAACGGCGCGACCAACAGCAUCACCGCCUGCCGCGCCGCCUGUGCCGCACAGGGCUUCGCCCUCGCCGGUGCCGAGUACGGCCAGGAGUGCUGGUGCGCCAACGCCCUCGCCGCGACCUCGAAGCAGAUGCCCGAGGCCGACUGCAACAUGAAGUGCCCCGCCAACCAGGCGCAGACCUGCGGCGCCGGCGACAGGCUCUCGGUCUACGCUGCGGCUGAUGCCGCUGGCGGCUCGUCGUCCACGACCACGACCGCCGCCACCGCAACCACCACCACGACCACCACUGCCGCCACUGCCACGACGGCGACGUCGACUUCGACGAGCGCCACGGCCACCAGCACCGCGCCCGCCUCGUACGUCGGCUGCUACAGCGACAGCGUCAACGCCCGCACCUACUCGUUCCUCGGCGCGCGCAGCUCGUCGGUCUCGGUCGACUUCUGCCGCACCACCUGCGCCGCCCAGGGCUACGCGCUCGCCGGCAUGGAGUACGCCAACGAGUGCUUCUGCGGCAACGCGAUCCCCACGACGGCCAAGCAGAUGCCCGAGACGGACUGCAACAUGAAGUGCGCCGGCAACUCGGCCCAGAUCUGCGGUGCGGGCGACCGCCUCUCGGUCUACCAGGCCGUUGACCCCGUCUCGUCGAGCACGACCAGCGCCACGGCCACGGCUACUUCCACCGCCACCAGCACCGAUGCCUCCUCGACCUCGACCUCGACCUCGACCUCGACCUCGACCUCGACCUCGUCCUCGACCUCGACGAUGACGACCAGCGCGACGAACACGAGUGCCACGGCGACCAGCACCACUAGCACAGCCACCAGCACCACUAGCACAGCAGCCACAACCACCACGUCGACCACUGCUGCACCCACCAGCACCAACCCGGCGUACAAGGGCUGCUACAGCGACGGCGCCACCCGCGCGCUCUCCUACCGCGCGCUCCAGGACUCGACCGUGACCGUCGAGGUGUGCCGCGCCGCGUGCCAGGCCAAGGGCUACCCGAUCGCCGGCAUGGAGUACACAAACGAGUGCUGGUGCGGCACGUCACUGCUGGGCGGAUCGACGAUCAAGCCCGAGGCGGACUGCAACAUGCCGUGCGCGGCCAACGCCAAGCAGAUCUGCGGCGGGCCCAACCGCCUCUCGGUCUACUCGGACAUUGCCGACCUGUCGAGCAUCGUCGUCAGCCAGCCAGCCAAGAUCACGACGCCCGAGGGCGCCGCCUGGGGCUCGCUCGGCUGCUACGUCGAUGACGGAGGACGCAUCCUCAACGACAAGGCGCCCAACCUCGGACGCUCCAACACCAUCGAGGCCUGCGCCUCGGCGUGCGCCGGCUUUGGCUACUUUGGCGUCGAGUACGGCACCGAGUGCUACUGCGCCAACGCCAUCCGCGCCGACGCCAAGACUGCGCCUGCCUCGGAGUGCAACAUGCUCUGCAGCGCCAACGCCACCGAGUACUGCGGAGCGGGCAACCGCAUCGGCGUCUACCAGGUCUCGACUGCCGCCGCGGGCACUGGCGCCACCUCGACUUCGACUUCGACAUCGGCCACCGCCACUUCUACCACGGCGACCGGCUCGUCGACCAGCGCCACGUCGACCUCGACCAGCACCACGUCGACCUCGACCAGCAUCACGUCGACCUCGACUGCGACGCCCACGUCGACGAGCACCACCGCGACCCCGACCUCGACUGCGACGCCCACGUCGACCUCGACGAGCACCAGCUCGAGCACGACCUCGACUUCGACGUCGACGACCUCGUCGGCCGCACCGGCUCCCACCGCCGACGGCGUGUCUAUGCUGGGCUGCUUCACCGACUCGGGCUCCGCGCGCUCGCUCUCGGUGACGGCGUACCAGAACAACAACACGAACAGCGUCGCCGGCUGCGCCCUGACGUGCCGCGCCAAGGGCUACCGCUUCAGCGGCGUCGAGUACGGCGGCGAGUGCUACUGCGACAAUUUCCUGCAGAACCAGGCGGCCACCGCGGGGCCGGGCGCCAUGGGCUGCAGCUACGUCUGCCCGGGCGACAAGACGUCGCUGUGCGGCGGCAGCUCGCGCAUCAACAUCAGCCAGGACUCGCAGUGGCAGCAGAAGCUGUUCACGGUCAAGCAGUCCGGGCAGUGGAAGCACCUUGACUGCUACGUCGACUCGCAGGCCAAGCGCACGCUCAACAUCACGCUGGCGCCCAAGCUCAAGACGGUCGAGUCGUGCCUCGACGCGUGCAACGCGCGCAACAUGACGAGCUGCGGCGUCGAGUACGGCGGAGAGUGCUACGGCUCGACGACGUUUGACAAGACGGCCGCCACCCCGGCUCCCAGCACCGGCGCCACGGACCCGCUCGCCCGCGGGUGCAGCAUGCCGUGCACGGGCAAUACGACGCUCGCCUGCGGCGGAGGCGCCCGCAUCAACGUCUACCAGUACGACUACAACGCCGAUGCCGUCAACCCGUCGCUGCUGUUCAAGCUGCCCUGA